CUUAUUUUAGCCCUUAUGAUAACAUGUGUAAAUAACAUUUUCUUUUUUUGGUAUAGUAGAUUCUUGUGGUAUAAUAUUUCUUGAACUUCGUGUAUAGCGUGAGCUUAGUGCAUUAUGUCAGGUUGUCAUGUCACAACUUUUUUUGUUAUUCAGAAAUAAUUUAACUUCAAAAUUUUUAUAUUUUAGUGUAACAUGUAUAUCACAAUCAUUUUUUUUGGUAUAGUACACUCUUGUGGUAAAAAUUUCUUGAACUCCGUGCAUAGCGCGAGCUUAAUGCACAAAAAUGUUUCAUUUUAGUGUUGAUGAACACUUGUAUAUGGCAUACAAAAAUGUAGGUUGAGACUCCGUAUAAUAGGUUCUUGUGGUUCGAUUCUUCCUACUUUUUUUUUGCUAUUUAGAAAUAAUUUAAUUUUGAUUUUUUUUAUUUUAGCCUUGAUGAACAACAUGGAUAGGGUGAGUUUAGUGCAUUUUAGUGAUCACAAGUUUAUAAAUUUGGACUGAUGGAUGGAGUAGUAGUGUAGAGGUAAUAUUGAGUAUUCGGCGUUUACGUGAAGGAAAAUGUUUUCCACGAAAAGAAUAGACUUUUCUUAGAAAAUGUAUCAUAUAUGUUCUUUUGGUGAUUUAAAAAGUGGAUUGAAAUAUGGUAUGAGGCCUCCUUUAGUCGUCUUAGGUUGUGCGAAUUCGGAUAGUUGAGGAGUGAACUAAUGGUUACAACAAUAACGCCUCAGUCCCAAAGGGUAUCUAAUGGUUAAACCGAAAAAAAGGACAUGCUUGUGAGAAAUGACAUAGCUAAAAGGUAAGGAAGGGGUUCAGUUGAAUCCAAAGGCGAAUGUACUUGGUAGUUUAUGGUGCACGUGACCCAUGGUCUUUUCGUAAAACGAGGUGAAUGUAUAUAUUUUCUAGAACUUAUCUAGUAUUAUCUUCUAGCGUCCAUACUACAAAAAGGCUUAUUGAUGCACUUGGUUGAAAGCUAAGUUAUUUACCUAACGGUACUAGAGUCAAUUCUCACUUGAUGCAUUUUAUUGUCCUUUCUUUAGUAUUGAAUGAUUCGCCUCUGGUUGAAUCCCUUCGUCUGGAAACUACACACUAUGCAAGUAAAGGUAAAGAGAAUUUAAAACAUGGUGAUGAAAAAGAGACCGAUGGCGGAGAUGUAAGUUACUCGGCUUCUCAAGAUCACCAGUUCAAUGGUAAUGAGGGAACUAGGGAGAAGCAAUUGGAAAUUCCACAUAGUGAGUCGUCGAUUGAUAAUAACAAAUCAAAUGCAUUGGAAAAAAGAAGUAAUGAAGUGAAUAAAGUAGCAAUGGUAGAGGGAGGUAUCGUUCAGGUCGAAAGAGAAUUGAAGCUUGAGGAUGAAUCUAUGAGAAAUAACAUUAACAUUGAGCGUGUUGAACCCGCGAAAUUCCCUCGUGAAGGAGGCUUACGGAAAAGGUCAAGUAGCAGCAGCAAACCUUCUAUGUCGGAGGACAUAGUUCAGGUUGCCACUACCGCUUCAGAUAUUGAUAAUGAGGCCUUUGGAUCAUCGGAGAAGGAAAAUGAGAAGAGAGAAUUGGGUGUUAUGGAUGAGAAAACCAGAACGUUAAACGUUGUUGAAAAAACAGGAUUAGAGAAAAGGGACUAUGAAGCUGUAGCAACUUCAAAUGCAAAGCCCUUCAAGGCUGUAAAAGAUGACGAUAAACUAGAGAUAUCGUACAAUGUGCCUGUAGUUGAUGCUGGUGUUCGUGCAAACAACAUGGAAGGUUCUACCCAUGAGCAUCAGCCACUAGUAGCUUUGGAUCCACGACCAGUGCAAACAACUUCCUGGAAGAGUUGCUGUGGCUUGUUUGAGGUGUUUGCAGGAUCGAAUAAAUAACUUCAGAUUUGAGAUGCAUUAUGAUUCCAAGCAAAACGUUUUUUCGUGAUGCAGAGGAGGGUCAUGUGAAGGUUGAGUUAUACAAUCUAUGUUUCUGUUAUCCUUUGUUUUAUCAUAAGCAGCUCGACAUCCCUCCGUUGUUUCUUGGUACUGCUUUACGUGUUUUCUGCUGUCGUUAGCUUAUUUGCGCGAUGGAUCCAGUAAGAGAGAUAGAGAAUUGUUCCUUUAGUUGCCUGGGAAACUUGUUUGUUAGAAUUUUUUUGGUUGUUGAUAGUUUUAACCAGCACAUAUAUAUACUUGUGAUAAAGCUUUGGUUUUGUUGAACAUAUGCUUCCCAAUCUAUAUUACUUCAGCAGUUCAUAAA